CAUUUACAGAGAAUUUUUAUGUUGUCUACUUGUUUGGAUUCAUAACUCAAUAUAUGGUUAUAUCAAUGUUUUUCAAUUAUACAAAAAUAUUAUCUUCAUAAACAAUUCUUGGAAUCCAAAUUGUAAUACAUGAUUAUUCGAAUUUUGUGGAGGAGAAUCUCUUAGAUUAUUGAUAAUUUGGCACUAUUUAAAGUAUUUCAUUUCGAUCAUCAUUAUUUUUAUUAUACUAUUAUUAUAUUGUACUACUCUGUAAUUGAAGUAACAGUAAAUCGACUCAACAUGAAUUCAAAAAUGUUAUUUGCUUUUGUUUUAGCUGCUAACAUCUGUGCCAUCACUGUAACUGCUGAAGUUUACAGCUAUAAAGUGAAUGUUAGAAUGGCUGAUAAAGAAUUCGAUAGCCAUGAAGGUAAACUCAAGAUUUCAGUUACGAGUAAAAAUGCUCAAAAUACUACCCAAGAAGAUUUUGAAUUGACUCCAAAUGAUGUUGAAAUGAAAAAAGACAAAAAUUAUACUGCAAUAAUUUCAUCAACCGCUCCUUUAGACACAAUCACAUCGGUUUACCUUCAAUGGACUCGGGAAGCCCCAAACGAUACCGACUCUGCAUCCAAUAAACCAACGCUCUAUUUCGAGUCAGUUAGUUUGACCUCAUUCAAGUUUAGGCCCCAUCCAGAUUUCUGUAUAUGUGUAAGUCGCUAUUUUUGUCCAGAAACUACUCCAAUCGGAAUCGAACAUGCUGGUGGAGCUACUUUCAAUUUCUGCAACAGCAGAAAGGUAUUUUCUCUUUACAGAUAUUACGAAGUUCGCUCUGUAAAAGAUCUAAAAGAGGCUGAAUGUUCCAUGUGAAUGGCUCGCUGUAUCUGAAAGUCACAAGUUUUGUCAAGCAUCUAUUCCAAUUGAAAUUAAACAUGCGGAUUGAGCUAUUUUCAACUCUUGUAUCCAAACAAAAAACUAUGAAAAUGAUUAAAUAAAUUGCAAAACAAA